GACAAAUCACGAUCAAAGCCUCUGUGGAAACAGAAAUGGCUGUUACCCAAACGAAAAUCAUCUUCAGAAGCCAUAAGAAACAUCAAUGGGUUUACAAACAGCUUCAUUCCAGCUAUUAUCUUCCCGUUUCGCCAACUGGGUAGCUCCAAAUUCCGCUCAAACAUCCAUUCGAACAUCAAAUCUUUUCCCUCUUCAAAACCCACAUAUUCUCAAGUCCACAAACCUUAAUCUUCACAACCCCAGAUUUGAGCGAGCAAGAACCGGGGCAGCCUUAGAUGAACAAAACGCCACUUCCCCUCUUCUCGGCCAGGAACCAAAGCCCAACAGAGAUGUUGAAGAGAGUGUGAAAGUGCUCAAGGAGGCUGCAAAAACGAGAAAAGUACCCAAAGAUGAGGUUCUGUCUGCGCUAUCUGUAAUUGAGAAGGCAAAACUCGAUCCUUCAAGAUUCCUUGAUACACUCGGUGGUUCAAAAUCCCCAGGGAGAACCUGGAUGCUCAUUUUUACCUCUGAGAAACAAUUGAAGGGCGGUAGAUACUUCCCUCUUACAGCGGUUCAGAGGUUUGAUGCUGCUGCAAAGAGAAUUGAGAAUGGUGUAUAUCUUGGGCCAGUUGGAGCCUUAACUUUUGAAGGUAGAUUUUCCUGGAAAAAUAGAAUAUUGGCUUUCAUCUUUGAGUGCAUUAGAAUAAAAGUUGGAUCUUUGAACCCUUUAGAGAUCAGUCUAGGCCAAAAGGAUGAGAGAGAGCCAAGCACCAAAGAUCCUUUCUUUAUUUGGUUUUACAUUGACGAAGAACUGGCAGUUGCUCGGGGCAGAAGUGGGGGCACGGCAUUUUGGUGCCAGUGUCACCGUGUCAUGACUUGAUUUCUUCGUAGUUUCCGUACUUUGAGUUCCUCUGUGUAUGCAAAGCUUGAACCCUCGUCAAAUUGUACUAGAAUGAGCGAAAGAGCUCUAUGUCUGGUUACGUGGUUUCUCAACUUGUAUUGCUUUUAGUUUUUCGCUCCGAAUCCAUUGAUCGUAAUUUGAAGUCAAAUAUUCGAGUGUGCUAAAUAUCGAGAAAGAAUCACUAGUCAUUGCAUAUAAAGAUCAUGUAUACUAUAUGGAACAAUACUUGAUGCUUGGAUCUUAUGUAUUUGGUAUGCGCCCUUUGAUGAUUUGAAUUUCAA